UUUGACGCCUUCAUUCAUUCCCUCCCAGAAAAUGUAUUUCCACAGUCCACUCCAGUCACGAUAUUCCGGAUCAGAAUGCGUCUCAAAUUUCUCCCAACUUCCCGUACGUCGCCAGCCGCCAUCGUCUCUCUCGGUGAUAAAGGUUAAUAAUCUCAUUCAAAUUAGGGCUUUCUUCCCAAAUAGCUCAGCUCUCGGUGAUAAAGGUUAAUAAUCUCAUUCAAAUUAGGGCUUUCUUCCCAAAUAGCUCAGCGAAAAAAGGUACUCCCUCCCUACUACCAAACUUGGCUUGAAGUAAAUAAGCUUCAACAAUAACGAACAACGGUUUUGCCUCGUCAAUUUAAUUUGCUGUAAACUAUCCUUUGAAAGUUCAGCAGUGACAAUUGCAUAAAGCGGAGGCUUCGAUCAAGGUGGUGCACAUUGAGAAUGGAGUCCACAACCGGAGACUCGCCUAGCCACAGAGCAGAUACUAUAGUCCCACUAAGCAAUUUUGUUGAGGACAAUGAUCCUCCCAUGUUGAGUUCUCAGACCCUCGAAGCACUCAAAGAAUACCUAUCUGAGCAGGGGACUUGGGAAUCUUUGGCAGAGGUGGAGGAGGAAGAGGUAGCACUAGUCGCAGAGGAUUGGCGGCUCAGCCAGUUCUGGUAUGACAGAAACACUGCGGAGACUGUGGCAAAAGAAGUUCUCACUCUUUGCCACUCCCUUGAUUCCCCGUCAGUCGCCUGCGUUGCCUGCCCUACUCUUUAUGCCUAUCUCAAGAAAUUUGAUGCUGAGGUAAAUGCUCAACUUCUUGAGUUUGACAACCGAUUUCAGCAGUAUGGAAGUGAAUUUACAUUUUAUGACUACAACCGGCCAGAAGAUCUUCCGACAUCAUUGAAGCAUUCAUACCCUAUAAUAGUCGCUGAUCCUCCUUAUUUGAGCAAAGAAUGCUUGGAGAAAGUGAGCCAAACAAUUUCGUUCCUCUCAAGACCAGGAAAAUGCUACCUACUUCUGCUCACUGGAGAGGUGCAGAAGGAUAUAGCUGCAGAGCUUUUAGAUUUACGCCUGUGUGGUUUUCGACCUCAGCACUCAAGCAAACUUGGCAAUGAGUUUCGACUCUUCACCAAUUACAAUCCUGGGACAAGAUUAGGCGGGUGGGAGCAAGUGCAAUAAAUUUUGUUGGGGAACGUCUUUUCAAUUUUGAUAGCAUGGCGCUUAAAUCAUUUGACGGGCUGCUCACUGCUGCAACUUUGGAUAUGCGAGUAUGCCUCCACCCCCGGAGGUGGCUUAGUGCUUAGUGUUGGGUCAACGGAGACGGAGUGCAGGUCGGCUAUGGUAAUAUGGAUGGUUCAGAGCUUUUUUUCUGUUUGAAAGAAGAAGACGACAUUGAAGAGAUUUGUACUUCGUCUUAAUGGAAAACCGGUGCAUGCAUGUAAUGUAAAACAGACAUUGCUCUUCAAAUCUUACUAUUUUGUCAUUCUCA